AUGGACGGUGAAACCCCCAACGCCCAAGCUAUGCGGCUUGAGGAGCUAUGGACAACGCUGGACGCGAAGAAAACUGGUCACCUGGACCUCGCGGGAUUAAAAAGAGGCCUGAAGAAAAUGGACCAUCCCCUAAAGCAUGCAGACUCCCUUGUAGAAGAUGUCAUGCAAUCUGUAGAUACCAACAAGGACGGCCGCAUCACAUUUGCUGAGUUUCAGACCUUCGUGAAGCAAACCGAACGCGAGCUUUAUUACCUUUUCAAGAGGAUAGACCAUAACGAGGACGGCAAGCUUGAUAAGGCGGAGCUCAAACAAGCUUUUCAAACAGCAGGUCUAGCUGUGCCAGACUCCAAGUUUGAGCGUUUCUUUGAGCAAGUCGAUUCUAAUCAAGACGGUGUGAUAACGUUCGACGAAUGGCGGGAUUUCCUUCUUUUUAUUCCCUCUGGUGAAACCGAUCUUCGAGCUGUACUAUCCUAUUUCACUUCCACCUUUCGAAUGAACCCAGAGGGAGAUGCGCAGAUAAGUGACGAUAUUAUCGAUGGGCUAGGUAUACAACAACAAUUUCUUAACAUUUUGUUCGGCGAAAUUGUCAGGAUAGCAAAGCCCCCAAAGCCGCGUCCGCCCGCUUCUGUCCAAAACAAUUCGUCCAUUACACUCACCGCACCGCACCUGGACAUGUCUUCAGAAGAGGCAACACUCACCCUCCCUCCGAAAGUAGACACCGUCGAGUUUUCGCCAGAUGUCUCAGAACCCGAGACCGACUCUGCAGUCUUGCAACUUGAACAGACAAAGCCGGUGCUGAUUCUUAUUCCUUAUUCAGGCUACUUCGUGGCGGGAGGUAUCUCCGGUAUCGUCUCUCGUACUGCUACCGCCCCCCUCGAUCGUCUCAAAGUCUACCUCAUCGCCCAAACAUCGGUCACAUCAGAAGCUGUCCAAGCAGCAAAAUCGGGCAAUCCCUUUGCUGCAAUAGGCAGAGCAUGGCGGCCCAUUGCGAACGCGAUGAAAGAUCUUUGGCAGGCAGGUGGAAUCAGGAGUCUCUAUGCAGGAAACGGCUUGAAUGUGGUGAAAGUAAUGCCAGAAUCUGCAAUCAAAUUCGGCUCAUAUGAGGCCACGAAACGAUUCUUUGCUACUCUUGAGGGCAUUGAAGACCCGAACAACAUCCAUUCGUAUGCGAAGUUCAUGGCAGGCGGUGUUGCUGGCAUGGUGUCACAGUUCGCCGUGUAUCCAAUGGACACAUUGAAAUUCCGUAUGCAAUGUGAAACUGUUAAAGGUGGACUGCACGGCAAUCAGCUAAUAAUCACAACUGCGAAAAAGAUGUGGGCUAAGAACGGUGUGGUGGCCUUCUAUCGCGGCCUACCCAUGGGAUUGGUGGGCAUAUUCCCUUAUGCUGCAAUUGACCUUGGAACAUUUGAGUACCUCAAACGUGCUCUCGCCAGAAGAAAGGCAAAGAAACUCGGAUGCCACGAAGAACAAGCACAGCCCAGCAGCUUUGCCACGGCUUGCAUUGGAGGUUUCAGCGGUGCUUUCGGUGCUAGUAUGGUCUAUCCUCUGAACCUACUUCGCACCCGUCUCCAGAGCCAAGGAACAGUUCUUCACCCUAGAACAUACACUGGAAUUAUGGAUGUUACACGGCAAACUAUCAAAGGUGAAGGGUACAGAGGUCUGUUCAAAGGACUGACACCGAAUCUGUUCAAGGUUGUCCCUGCUGUUUCCAUUACCUAUGUUGUGUACGAGCAGUCUAAGUUAGCCAUGGGCCUACCAUAA